AUGGAUUUUGACAACGUUAUCGCGUCGGAGAUCACCUUUAAGGAGGAGCUUAAAGCCUCGGAUGAAUCAGUAGUAUUCCUUGUGGAGGUCCGUGGCCAAACGUGUGUGAUGAAAGUGUUUCGCGACGAGGGAUCAAUCCACUGGACACCCCCAAACCGCGAGAUAGACCCUUAUAUCUGCGAAUCCACUGCCUACAGACGACUUAAAGAAUGCGGCCUAUGCGACAAGCGAAUUGUACCCCAUUUCUACGGCACGCUCGAAAGACCCGAUGUACAACGGUUCCGGUCUCAUCUCAAAAUGUUUCUCGAAGACAAAUACGCCCUAAGCGCGAUUUUUCUGGAAUAUAUCCCCGGUGUCCAGAUGAUCUUUCCCCAUCAUUAUACCAAGGAACGGCUAGAGAAUUUUAUCAAUGGAAUCCAGGAAAUACACAAGGCGAUGGUUUUGCACCUGGAUGCCAGACCAAGGAACAUGAUGAUCAUCGAAGAUGAUCCUGAGAGGGCGAUUUGGUUGGGAUUUGAUAGAGCACAGACUUACUGUGCGCCCCAGCUGGGUGAAUGGACAAGAUCUGGUCUAAAAAACGAGGAGCAGGUUGCUCGGGAGAUUGGGGAGCUACUUGCGAGUGAUUGCUGUGGAACGAGAGAUUGUAAUUGGAUGUUGUUCGAGGCUAAUUCUAUCAUUUCCUGGCAGGAAGCUGAUUGUACGACAGGAGAGAUAGAUAAGGCAUAUCUCCUGUAUUGCUCUUAA